AUGGAGGGGCUCUGUCCCGACCCUAUUAUGCCAGCUACUCCAGUAGAGGCUUGUAGACAGUCAUGGAGCCAUAGCCAUAGAUUGGCUGCUGGGUUUUGUUUCAAGAUCGGGUUAGUGGGCGAGGAUUUGUGGGAUGUUGUGAAUGGGAGUUACACAAGUCCUCCAACUGACGGACCGAAAAAUAGCAGCGCAUACAAGAAGUGGAAGCAGAUUAAUGUGAAAGCGGAGUUCAUCCUAAAGAGGUCCAUUUCUCACAACUUGUUUGAUCAUAUUAUUAGGUGCAAAUCAGCUACGAGAUAUGGAGGACCCUCGAUCGGCCGUUCAACAAGAAGGAUGAAGCUUCCAUUACGUAUAUUAGAGAAUGAAUUGGCGAACACCACUCAAGGUAAUCUAUCUAUUGCUGAGUACUUUUUGAAGAUUAAGAAUUUAUGUUCAGAGAUCUCUUUAUUAAAUCCCGACGAGGCUAUCUCUGAAGCACGAAUGAAAAGAACUAUCAUUCGUGGUUUGAAGUCAGAAUAUAUUCCUUUUGUUACAUCAAUUCAAGGAUGGGCUCAACAACCAUCCUUGAAGGAGUUUGAGAAUUUGUUGUCAUCACAGGAGCUACUAGCCAAACAGAUGGCUGGCGUAUCGAUCAAAAAAGGGGAAGGAAAUGCUCUUGCAGCUAACCGAAGAAAUCUUAAAGUAAGGCAAGAGCAAAGUAGCUCAAGAGAGAUGGCGUAUUCUCAAUUCCAAAAAGGUUUAAGCUCUCCAAGACAGAAGGAGGAGUUUUCUAAUUAUGGUAAGAAGUCUAUUAAAUGUUACCGAUGUGGUCAAAUAGGACACAUAAAAAGAUAUUGCCGAAUAAAAGAGACCAAUAUGGCUCAAGUUGAGAAAGUUGCUGAAGAAGAAGAAGACUCAAGGUGUCAGAAGCUGAGACUCGAGACUCGAGCAAGAGAUACCUUAGCUUUCUCUCAAUUUUGA